CCUCCAUCACAAAACACUCAGAAGGAGACAGGCAGAAAGAAAGGAAGGUUGAAUGGAGAAGACGAUGCGCGGAUAGAGGAGAAGCGCGAAGGAGGGGAAUCCGUGCGCAGGACCCGUGCGUCUUCUCCACGUCCGGAGCGGUGGUGUUUUUUUAUUCAUUUUAUAUUUUUGGUUGGAGGAGAGGAAGAUUAACGACCGUGAAAGCAAUUACACUGCCCGCACCGAGCGUUUUGCGAUGGAGGAGCUGUGCGAGAUGGACUGCACGGUGCUGAAGCGGCUCCUGAAGGACGACAGCGCCAAGUGCCUGCUGCUCGACUGCCGCUCCUUCCUCGCCUUCAGCGCCGGACACAUCCGCGGCGCCGUCAACGCCCGCUGCAACACCAUCGUCCGCCGCCGGGCCAAGGGCUCCGUGCUCAGCCUGGACCAGGUCCUGGCCGGGGACGAGGAGGUCCGGGGCCGCCUGCGCUCUGGGAUGUACUCGGCCGUGGUGCUGUACGACGAGAGGACGCCGGACGCGGAGUCGGUGAAGGAGGACAGCACUCUGACUCUGGUGCUCAACGCGCUGUGCAGGGACUCCUCCGGCUCGGACAUUUACCUGCUCAAAGGGGGAUACGACAGAUUUUUCUCAGAGUAUCCGGAGUUUUGUCUAAAGACCAAAUCCUUACCGUUCCUCACCAGCCAGUCCAGCAUCGACUCGGCCUGUUCGUCGUGUGGAACGCCGCACAAUGACCAGGGCGGCCCGGUUGAGAUCCUCCCGUUCCUCUACCUUGGCAGCGCCAUGCACGCCUCAAAGAAAGAGGUUCUGGACGGCAUCGGGAUCUCCGCCUUGCUGAACGUGUCGGCCAACUGCCCCAACCACUUUGAGGGGGCUUACCAGUACAAGUGCAUCCCCGUGGAGGACAACCACAAAGAGGACAUCAGCUGCUGGUUCCUGGAGGCCAUCGAGUUCAUAGACUCAGUCCGGGACUCCAGUGGACGGGUUCUGGUCCACUGUCAAGCAGGCAUCUCCCGCUCCGCCACCAUCUGCCUCGCCUACCUGAUGAAGCGGAAGCGGGUGCGUUUGGACGAAGCGUUUGAGUUUGUGCGCCGGCGCCGCAGCAUCAUCUCCCCCAACUUCAGCUUCAUGGGCCAGCUGCUGCAGUUCGAGUCGCAGCUCCUCGCCACCUCGUGCGCCGCCGAAGCGGCCGCCACGGCCAGCCCGCUGCUCGGACCCAAGUCGACGGCGACGACCGCCUCGACGGUGGCGACGCCCACCUCCCCGUUCAUCUUCAACUUCCCGGUGUCGGUGGUGAACCCGGCGUACCUGCACCACAGCCCCAUCACGACCUCCCCCGGCUGCUGAUGGACAGCCAAUCGCAGCCUUCCCUCCACCGACGCGAGCACAGACUGGGCCGGGGGAGCUGCCGGUCCCGCUGACCACUGCAGUAUGUACAUGCUUCCAGGGGCGGGGAGGCGAGAAGCGUCACGGUGCCUGAUUCAAAAACUCAAAAGACUGAUGAAAAACUUUCCAAACCAGCCGACGCUCCUUCCACUUCAACACGGGGUUUCUUCACACCGACCAAAAACGAAGCGGCUUUUUUGUUUCACAUGGAGUGUUGGACUGAUGUUUACUCGCCCUCUUCCUCCACAAAACAACAACAACAACAACAACAUGCACAGAGUCACACUGACACACAACGCUGACACGGGGAG